AUGAAUGGGCCUCGUGCGACAUGGCAGCUGAUGGAGAUCACGGUCACUGGGAACCUCUGUGAUGAGCAAGGAAAUCCACUCACCGAGAAACUAGACUGCUGGUUUCGCGACCCCGUCUUGCUCAUCAGAGAUCUUCUUGGCAACCCGGAGUUCGUGGACGACGUUGAGUUCGCACCGUACGUCCAACAUCUGGAGGAACUGCAAGAGGAGUUAAACAAUGCCACGUCGAGCGAGGAGAAAGAGCGGAUCGUUGAGGAGAUGGCGAGUGGGGAGUGGUGGCAACGCGUGCAGGUGAGUUUUGAGUCAAAUAUCGCCACCAUCGCCCCCGUCAUAGUGGCAACAGACAAGACGCAACUGUCAACAUUCAGUGGCGACAAGCAGGCGUACCCAAUCUAUCUCACCAUUGGCAAUAUCCGAAAGGGUGUCCGUCGCCAGCCUUCUCGCCGCGCGGUCGCCCUUCUUGGGUAUCUUCCGGUGUCCAAGCUCUGCUGUUUUCACAAGAAAGACCGUGCUUUAGAAGGGUACCGUCUCUUCCACUUCGCCAUGAAGCAUAUACUCGCACCACUGGAGUCCGCUGGCCGAGACGGUGUCGAGAUGAACUGUUGCGACGGGUUUGUCCGCCAUGUCUAUCCCAUCCUGGCGGCGUACAUGGCAGACCAUCCCGAGCAAUGUCUGGUAUGCUGCAACAAGGAAAAUCGCUGCCCGACUUGUGAGGUGGACAGGCUCGAACGCGGGGAGAUGGUGGAUAGCUGUCUGCGAGAUCCCACGGCCACGCUCGACACCAUGCGCGACCCGUCAUCCGACGACUUCUCACGGCGCGGGCUACGCGACGUUCCCAUGCCCUUCUGGGCGGAUCUCCCCCACGCCAACAUCUUCAAUUGUAUCGUCCCCGACCUCCUCCACCAGCUGCAUAAAGGAGUCUUUAUGACUCACCUCGUCAAAUGGGUAUCCACCGGCCACGAAGAUGAACUCGAUGAGCGCUUCAAACGCGUACCACCCUACCCUGGUCUUCGACACUUCGCCAAAGGGAUAUCAACAAUCUCGCAGUGGACUGGUAAUGAGUUCCGUCAGAUGGAAAAGGUAUUCCUCUCCCUCGUUGACGGUCUCCACAAUGAUCCCCGCGUCAUGGUUGCCACACGGGCGAUACUUGACUUCAUUUACCUAGCACACUACCCCUCCCACACAACAUCGACUUUGGAGCAGAUGAAGAAGGCACUCGAAACGUUCCACUGCAACAAGCAAGUCUUCAUCGAUCUACGCACACGCGACUCCGAGCACUUCAACAUCCCCAAGGUGCACUGGAUGAACCACUACGUCUCAUCUAUCAUCGAUUUCGGCUCCUGCGACGGCCUGAGCACCGAGAUCUCUGAACGACUCCACAUCGACUUCACAAAACUCGCAUAUCGUGCAACAAACCGCAAGCAGUACGUCCAGCAAAUGGUGAUCUGGUUUUCACGGCGCGAGAAGGUACGCUGGUUCUCUGGGUUUCUGCGCUGGUGCUCGCUCCUCUCCUUUGAAACGGACCCUCAAAUUGCCAGCACUUGCCACAUACUUCGUGAGACCCAAGACAAGUCCGACGACGACAGCGGUCUCGACGAGGCCGACGACGACAACGAGGUAGUACCGGCGGCUCGACCCGGGCUGGGUUUCUUGACCCCCGCAGAAAUUGCGACCAGACUCCCAGCAACACAUUUCCAGACAGCUCUCGAGCUGUUUCUACGAGAAGAAGGCAUUUCGGACACCCGAAUACACUCCCUGCGACUUUCACAGCGUCGUUACCCCAUCUACACCCGGUUCUCUCGCACCCUACCGUCACUUCGAGGGGUUGAAGACGAGGUUUUUCGAGACACUGUAUUCGCAUACCCCGCUUCUCUAUCCGCCAGAAAGCCUGCACGUUUCAGUACAGUUCUGUUCGUUGAGAACUCGGACAUAGCGGAGAGCAUAGGUGUUCAGGGUACGUACCUCAGCCUGUCCACAAUGAUCAAUAUUGACACUGGACCAUUGGCAGGCUAUCGUGUCGCUCAAGUGCGCGUCUUAUUCGCACUACCUCCCGAAGUCGAACGUCUGUGCACGGAUGAGUCGGCUUCCUCCCAUUUUGCAUACGUCGAACUCUUUACGCCCUUCACACGAGAGCCGGAACUCGGCAGCAAACUCUAUACUGUGGCACGCUCCUUGCAACGGCAGCAACCCCGAGUCGCCAUCAUUCCGCUUGGCCGCAUCUUCCCUACAGUGGUGAUUCGCCAGGUGCAUCCCUGUCAUCUCAUGCCGAAGUGCGGGGCUCAUAUCAACAGAACAUGGACGUCUACGGAUAUCGUGGAGAACUGCGACGUUAUGUACCUCAACUCCUUCUCCGACCACCAUAUGUACCUGUUUGUGUAG